AUGUUCCGCCAGAGUAUCCGCCGCUUCGGCACGACCGCUCUCCGCGCCGCGGAAGCCUCCUCAUCCACCACCGCGGCCGCCGCCUACAACGUCCGGGUCUCGCAGACCCAGGGUGUCGCCAAUGGUCUGACGCAAGCCAUCGGCAACACGCCACUGAUCCGGCUGAAGCGCCUCUCCGACGAAACGGGGUGCAACAUCCUGGGGAAAGCGGAGUUCCAGAACCCGGGGGGCAGCGUCAAGGACCGGGCGGCGCUGUUCGUGGUGGAGGACGCGGAGCGGCGGGGGCUCCUCCAGCCGGGGGGCACGGUGGUGGAGGGGACGGCGGGCAACACGGGGAUCGGGCUGGCGCACGUGUGCCGGUCGAAGGGGUACAAGCUGGUGAUCUACAUGCCGGACACGCAGUCGCAGGGGAAGAUCGACCUGCUGCGGCUGCUGGGGGCGGAGGUGCACCCGGUGCCGGCGGUCGCGUUCGACAACCCGGCCAACUACAACCACCAGGCGCGGCGGCACGCCGAGGCGCUCGACAACGCCGUCUGGACGAACCAGUUCGACAACACGGCCAACCGCCAGGCGCACAUCGAGACCACGGGCCCGGAGAUCUGGGCCCAGACCGCCGGCGGCCUGGACGCCUUCACCUGCGCGACGGGCACCGGGGGCACGCUCGCCGGCAUCACGCGGUACCUGAAGACGGUGAGCGACGGCCGGGUCCAGUGCUUCCUGGCCGAUCCCCCGGGCUCCGUGCUGCACAGUUACAUCCAGAGUGGCGGCACCUUGGUCGAGCGGUCGGGCAGCAGUAUCACCGAGGGCAUCGGGCAGGGCCGGGUGACGGACAAUCUGUCCCCGGAUAUCGGGCUGCUGGAUGGGUCGUUGAAUAUCCCCGAUGAGAGGUCGAUCGAGAUGGUGUAUCGCUGUCUCGAUGAGGAGGGGCUGUACUUGGGCGCCAGCUCGGCGCUGAAUGUCGCUGCUGCGCAUGAGGUCGCGCUCAAGCUCGGGAAGGGCAGCACCGUCGUCACCGUCCUGUGCGAUGGCGCGUACCGCUACGCCGACCGUCUGUUCUCUAACUCCUGGCUGCAGGGUAAGGGGCUGCGCACGGCGGUUCCCAAGCACUUGGAGAAGUAUAUUGUGCUGCCCUAGGUGGGGUGUGUUUGUAUAGUAGAGUGUGUGCAUGUGAAUAGAUAACGAAUCAUGUUUUGUUCAUCCGGUGUAUCGGUGGGG